AUGUCCACCAGGGAGAUGCCAGCCGCGGAGGUGGCCCACCUGGUGAACGAGAUCUCGAACUGCAAACUCUCAGAGUCGGAGUGGCAGUUCGGCAAGCGGUCGUAUUCCCGCGCACACCCGCCGCUUGGGUCGGCCAUGAUGCAGCUCCUCACAACCCAGUCGGCAGCCGACGCCCUGGAGCAGGGAAAGCAGUACCUGCCGGACCGAUCUAUGAGUGAUGCAGACGACCCCGACUUGGGGGCGGCCGCCAUGGAGGAAGACGACGCCACAGGCGGUGGCGACAGAGCGAGCGGCUCCGGAGGAGGAGGCGGCCUCGAGGGCUGGCCAGACGACGACGAGGAGGAGCACGCGUUGCGCCGCCCGCCGGUCCUCAAUAGGGCGAGGGCGAGCCCCUCGGCAGCGCCGACUACACCAGGCGGCGCACCAAAGCGGCGAGCCGGCUCGCAGCUGCAAGGCAGUUGGCCGAGGAAAUCCAAGGGCUCGGCCACAGCAACCAGGCGGGAGGAGGCCGCCACGAAGGCGGCCCGAUUCCACUGGGCCCCGAAGCAGCCGCCGACGGUGUCUGCAGCCCCUCUCUCUCUUGAGCGGUCGGCCUCCGCCUCCAUCAUCGGGGGGACGGAGGGCUCCGCCAACACCCGCCGCAUAGACCCGCUUGCCGACCUCCGGGAUGCAACGGAGAAGAACGUACGGGAGGCGCGCGAGGAGCAGGAGGAGGCGGAACGGCAGAGGGAGGCGGCCAAGGCGGUGCAGGAGGAGGCGGACGCGGCGGCCAAGGCCCAAGCCGACGCCAUGGCCAAGGCCCAGGCGGAUGCCACAACCAAGGCCCGGGCAGACGCGGCCGCCAAGGCGCAAACCGAGGAAGACGAUUACCACAACAUCCGUGCGGCCACCUUCAACUCCCAGGUCCAGGAGCUGGCCAAGUGGACCACUGAUUUGGCCGACAGCCGGAGAGCCAACGCCACCUUAAGGCAGCAGCUAGGCGAGGCUCAAACCGCGCUGCGUGCCAAGGAGGAGGAGCGAAGCAAGAUGGAGCAAGAGCGCGACCGCCUGGCUAAGCAGCUGGCUGACCAGGCGGAGCUGUAG